CUUUUUCAACCUAUUUCUUUCUUCAUACUUUUCAUUUUUUGGGUUAGGGUUUCUUUUCUUUUUUUCUUUUUUUCUUUUUUUGUUGUUGCUUGUAUUCAUUCCUCUUUUCUGUUUCUGGGAUCGAACCACAAGAUCCGUUUGCUUUCCGGGGGUUUUAGAGCAGCUGAAUUUAAGAGCUCAAAGCUUUUGCUGGUUACCUGUGUUCUACUCCGGACAGCCAAGUUUCAUGUCUGAAUUCAACGUGCAGAUUCCAUCUGCUUUUGACCCAUUUGCUGAUGCAAAUGCUGAGGACUCAGGAGCCGGAGCAAAAGAGUAUGUUCAUGUGCGCAUACAGCAACGCAACGGGAGAAAAAGUCUGACAACUGUUCAAGGAUUGAAGAAGGAAUUUAGUUAUAACAAGAUUCUUAAGGACCUGAAGAAGGAAUUUUGCUGUAAUGGCACAGUUGUUCAAGACCCUGAGCUAGGCCAGGUUAUACAACUUCAGGGAGACCAAAGAAAGAAUGUGUCUACAUUCCUUGUGCAGGCUGGUAUUGUGAAGAAGGAAAACAUCAAGAUUCACGGUUUCUAAAAACCAUCAAGUUUGUGUUUACAGCAGCUUAUAACUGAUAGUAGUGGAUAUAAUAUAACUAUUUUUAGAACUUACGAGUGCAUGCUACAACUCUGGAUCAAUGUACGUUUGCUUUGCUUUGUUAUGCAGACCAAGUUAUGGAUUGGUGGACGUGGACCCUUUUAGUUAAUAAUAUGUUUCCUGCUUUCUUAUCUUAUCUCAAUGGCAACUUUAGAUCUUGACCUCUCAUUUUCCUGAUUUUUGUUAUUUUGUUUAUAACGGGGUCGAGAUAUAAAUUAUUUGCAGCAUUGUUCCUCCACGAGUCCUGGUUUCUCGUGAUCAAAUUGUAUUCUCAGCAUUUUUAUUCAUUUA